GAGUAACUUGUUUCUACUGCCAUGGCAUCCUCCUCCUCCCUCACCUUCACCGUUCGCCGGCGAGAGGCCGUUCUGGUGGCGCCUGCAGAGGCCACCCCUCGCGAGUUCAAGCGCCUCUCCGACGUGGACGACCAGGAUGGGCUGCGCUUCCACGUCCCGGUCAUCCAAUUCUACCAUGACCACCCAUCCAUGGCAGGGCAAGACCCUUGCAUGGUGAUCCGGGAAGCCUUGGCAAGGGCUCUCGUCUUCUACUACCCCUUCGCCGGCCGGCUCAGGGAGACGGAGGGAAGGAAGCUGGUGGUGGAGUGCACCGGGGAGGGCGUGUUGUUCAUCGAGGCCGACGCUGACGUCCGUCUCGAUCAGUUCGGCGACGCCCUGCAGCCGUUGUUCCCCGGUUUGGAGGAGCUCCUUUGGAACGUCCCUGGAUCGGAUGGCAUCCUCCAUUGCCCGUUGCUGUUGAUUCAGGUGACUCGGUUGCUGUGCGGCGGAUUCGUCUUCGCGCUCCGCUUCAACCACACCAUGUCCGACGGUUCCGGCAUCGUUCAGUUCAUGAACGCCGUGGCGGAGCUGGCUCGAGGGGCGGCCAGCCCUUCCUUAGCUCCGGUCUGGUCGCGUGAGCUAUUGGAGGCGCGACACCCUCCCCGAGUCACCUGCGUCCACCGAGAGUAUGAAGACGUCCCCGGCACCAUCGUCUCAUUCGACGACAUGGUACACCGUUCUUUCUUCUUCGGCAAGGCCGAGGUGGCCGCCCUCCGGCGCCGCGUUCCGGAGCACCUCUGGAACAGCUCCACCUUCGAGAUCCUCACCGCCUUCCUCUGGAAGUGCCGCACCAUCGCCAUCGGAGCCAGCCCCGAGGAGGAGGUCCGGAUCAUCUUUGCCGUGAACGCUCGCGACAAAUCCGGCCUGGGCCUCCCGGCAGGGUACUACGGGAACGCCUUCGCCUUCGCGGUGGCGGUGUCCACGGCGGGGAAGCUGUCCAGCUACCCCAUCGGGUACGCGCUGGAACUGGUAAAGAAGGCCAAGUCUGCGGUGAGCGAUGAGUACAUGAGGUCGCUGGUGGACCUGAUGGUGCUGCGCGGGCGACCGCACUUAACCGUGGUGCGGUCGUACGUGGUCUCCGACGUGACUCGGAUGGGAUUCAGGGACGUUGAUUUCGGGUGGGGGAAGGCGGCAUAUGGAGGCCCGGCGAAGGGCGGAGUCGGAGCCAUUCCCGGAGUGGUAAGCUUCUACGCAUCUAUGAAAAACAGAAAGGGGGAGGAGGGAAUCGUCGUCCCAGUGUGUUUACUGGCCCCUGCCAUGGACAAGUUCACACAAGAAGUGCACAACCUGAUGGAGGAGGUCGACGACAAGGACGCAAAGCAGCAACAGCCACAAGGCGGGGCGCCAACAGCACCAACAUUGUCUCUGAAGACUAAACUUUGAUUUCCAUAUUAAAUGAUCUUACUAUGUAACCUUUGAACUCACCAAUAAAAAUGAAGUUUGACCUUGUCAUUCUAAGCUGCA